GAGGGGCGGGGUGAGGGGUGAAGUUGGGUGGGGAAGGGCUGUAGCCUAAGAGGCCACCUGCUUUUACCAUGCCCAGGCCGCUGGCUCAGGGCCUCGCCCUCCUCCUGAACUGACAGAGCCCCUGGCUCCUAUAAUCUGGGCCAGGCUUGUGAAGAGUUUCUGUCCCUGGCUGUGCUGUUGCUCCCGGCUUUUUUGGGGGGAUUUUAUUUUUUUUUUUGAGGUAAGGCUGUUUUGCCCAGUGUACUAAGACAAUCUGGGGUUUUGUUUGUUUAACAAAGGUGGGAGGUGCACCAGACCCGACUCCACUCUGAUGGGCUUUGCAGUGGUAUACUUCCAUUGACGUGCACAGAGUUACUCGUGGUUUACACAGCUUUAACUCAUGAUGCUAUUUCAGUUCUCCAGCUCUAGUGUUCAAAAAUAUUGACAUGCAGUUGAGGACAUUUUUGUCAAUACUUGUCUGAAGUGAGGAAAGGCUGCUGCUUGGUUUAUGACGCAUCCUAUAUCUGAAGAACACUCCUGAUGGCAGGCUCCCUAAAACCAAACCCGAUGUCUGUUCAUGUUGUAGCCUUUGGAAAUGAGAGAGAUGGAUUUUCUGAAGACAAUCAGCAAUCAAGUCUGAUCUGGACCUAUCUUGGGAGAAGUGCUCUCAUUUCAGAGACUGAAAGCAAUUUGCUGCUGAACUCUGCCAACCACACUGGAAACCCUGUGUUCACUGAAUAUCAAGCCUGUGUGUUUGGAAAUGUCAGACUGGUGGUGCAUGACUGUCCCCUUUGGGAUAUUUUUGACAGUGACUGGUACACCUCUCAAAAUCUUAUUGGAGGAGCUGAUAUCAUUGUGAUUAAAUACUCUGUAAAUGACAAAUCUUCAUUUCAAGAAGUAAAGGAUAGUUAUGUUCCAAUGAUAAAAAGAGCAUUAAAUCAUUGUUCAAUUCCAGUCAUAAUUUCUGCUGUUGGCGCAAGAAAAAGCGAAGUACCUUGUACUUGUCCACUGUGCACUUUAGACAGAGGGAGCUGUGUUACUGCUUCUGAAGGGAUUCAACUUGCUAAAGAACUGGGAGCUACUUACCUUGAAUUGCACAGUCUCAGUGAUUUCUAUAUAGGAAAAUAUUUUGGAGGAGUGUUGGAGUAUUUUAUGAUCCAAAGCUUGAAUCAGAAGUCAUCUGAAAAAAUGAAAAGAAAAGAAAGCCACAAGUGCCAUGGAGUUAAACCACCUCAGCUUGAACAGCCAGAAAAAAUGCCAAUCUUAAAAGGUGAAGCCUCGCAUUAUAACUCCGAUUUACAUAACUUGCUGAUCUGCUGCCAGUGUGUGGAUGUGAUAUUUUACUCGGAAGAUUUAAAGGAAGUAGUAGAAGCACACAAGAUUGUUUUGUGCUCUGUAAGCCAUGUCUUCAUGUUACUUUUCAAUGUGAAGAGUCCAGCUGAUAUUCAGGAUUCCUCUAUCAUAAGGACUGCACAGACUCUCUUUGCAGUGAACAACGAGGCUGUGUUUCCAGUUUCUAGCAGAGGUUCACCAUGCGGCCCACCGGUUAGAGUCUUUGUUAAAGACUCUUUCUUCUGUUUUUGUUUGUCAGACAUUCUGCACUUCAUUUAUUCAGGUGCUUUCCAAUGGGAAUUGUUGGAAGAAGAUAUAAAAAAGAAGUUGAAAGACCCAGGAGAAGUUGAGCUUGUGCUUGAGAAAGUUAAAUGUAUCCUGAAAACUCCAGGAAAGGUGAAUAGUUCAAAGAAUUGCAGAUCUCAUCAAACAGCAAGACCCUUGCAGUUAUGUGAUACUUCUCUCAGGCUUUUCUUUAACACACAUGUGUUAGCUGAUGUCAUCUUCCAAAUACAAGGUGCUACUGUACCAGCCCACAGAGCAGUCCUAGUGGCUCGCUGUGAAGUAAUGGCAGCUAUGUUUAAUGGAAGUUAUAUAGAAGCAAAUAGUUUUCUGGUUCCAGUUUAUGGCGUUUCCAAAGAUACUUUCCUCUCCUUUCUAGAGUAUCUGUAUACUGACUCCUGUUGUCCAGCCAGUAUUUUGCAAGCCAUGUCUCUCUUGAUUUGUGCUGAGAUGUACCAGGUAUCCAGACUCCAGCAUAUCUGUGAGCUUUAUAUCAUCACACAGCUGCAGAGUAUGCCUAGUAGGGAAUUAGCAUCUACAAGUCUUAGCGUUGUCAGCUUGCUCAGAAAAGCCAAGUUUCACAACUCUGACUGCCUUUCAACUUGGCUCCUUCAUUUUAUAGCCACUAACUACCUCAUCUUCAGUCAAAAGCCUGAAUUUCAAGAUCUUUCAGCGGAAGAGCGCAAUUUUGUUGAGAUGCACAGAUGGCCUUCCAGUAUGUACUUGAAACAGCUUGCAGAUUACAGGAAUUACAUCAACUCCCAAAAAUGCCACUGCAUAGUAAUGUAACCAGAAGAUUGAUUAUUCAUAAACUGGAGAAUUACAGGCUGGGAAUUACAUGGAGGCUAUUAAAACUGUAGCAGGGAUGAAAAUAAACAUUUAAGUCCUGCUGUACUCUAUAAUUCGCUUGCUAAUACUCUUUUCAUUAAUAAUGAAUUAUUGUGAUGUUUUAAAGGGAUUAAGAAAUACACCAUAGGACAGCAUAAGGAGUUAAUCAAGCCUGGUCUACACUACAAAGUUAGGUUGACAUAAACCGCACGUGCAUGCCUAUACCUAAAUUUGUCUCUGACUGAUGUAAGUGCCCUGUUAACAGCAAUGCAGUAACACUACCUCCCUGAGCAGCAUUAAGCCAUGAUUGAUGUACUGAGGUCGACGCAAUGCAAGUGUAAACACAGCAUUACUUAUAUGAAUUCUAACAGUCCUCCAGCAGCUGUUCCACAGUGUCUGACGCUAACCUCUUUGGUCACAAUUGUGAAUGCCAUUGUCCAGAGGUCAUGGACUCUAGAAGGCCCUCCCUCUCUUUUUUUUAAAGCCCUGCAAAUUUUUGAAAUGCCUUUUCCUGAUUGUCCAGCUGGAGAGCACACCUAGCAGCUCUCCAUUGUGUGCAACUAUGCAGCUGACUAUGGCAGCUAUAUGCUCCAGACACACACCAUCUUGGAGUAGACAAGAGAUAUUGGAUCCUCUGGGCCUGUGUGUAGAAGAGGCUGUGUAAGCACAGCUAUGGACCAUCCAUAGAAAAAUGAACAUCUAUGAGCAGAUUGCACAGGGGAUGCUGGAGGAGGAGUAUGACAGGGGCCAGCAGCAUCGCUUUGUGAAAGCGAAGGAAUUGGGUCAGCCAUAUCAAGAGGCGAACAAUCAUUCUGGUGCUGACUGGCAGACCUGCCACUUUUACAAAGAGCUGCAUGCCAUAAUUGUCAGAGACCCUUCUGAUAUCCCGCGCAUAAUCAUGGAUACCUUUGAGGAUCCCAAGCCACAGGUCCCUGGUAUGAACAGCUACGAAGAGGAUGGGGGACAUGCAACUAGGGAGCCAGGACCUGUUUUGAGAUUCCACCGCAGUCCAGUCAGUCCCAGCAGUUGAGUAUAGGUGAGUUCAAUGCAGGGGAAGGAACUUUGGCUGUUGCCAUUGUGGCUCUGAGAGGUUCCCCCCUCUGCACCUGACGAAAGCCUGAGCUGGAUGAGGAGGAGAAAGAGGAGGACUCGGGAUGACAUAUUCAAUGACAUCCUGCAAGCCAGUGUUGCAUGAGACUGUGAGAAAAGGAUCUGGAGGGUGAACAUUACAGACAGCCUGGGGAAGGAAAAAGCAGAGAGGAGAGAGGCACCAAGACAUAAUGGAGCUUCUCCAACAGCAAACUGAGAUGCUGCAGACUCUUGUGGACUUACUUUCAACAAUCUCAGGUUCUCCUCCCUUUGCAGUCCACGGCAAACUCCAUAACAGCACCUCCCUAUGCUCUCCCACCCUACAUUCCAUGUGGUAUCAGGGGCUUUAUCCCUAUCCCUCCCACUCCAGCCCAGCAGACAUUAAGGACAACCACAGCCUCACAUAAACUGAUCUGUGAAAUCGAUGGUUUCUGAAUAUGUAGAUUAAUGGACAAGAAUGUUCUUUCUGCUGGUUUUUCUGUUUAAUUAAUUUAUUUUUAAUGUAUUUGCUUUUAAAUUGCACAGAUUUUUUCGUUGCACUGGUUUUGCUUCUGAAUAACAUUUUAUUAUUUGGAAAAUAAUCUUUUAGUUCACUGCACAUGCUUCAGAGUAUCUAGCAAUUCUGAAAGCACCUCCUUAAUUGUUACUGUACAGUGUGGCACAACUCGUAAGAUCAGUGACAAACAGCAUAAUAAUCAUAAAUGUACAGCAAGCACAACAAAAUUUAAGAGGUGCAUUGACAGUGCUAUAUUCAUAGAUGUACAACACACAAUUCCUAACAGGCCCCAAAACAGCAGGGCCGAGUAGAGCAGAGUACAUCAUGCAUUACUGUGGCUCACUGUUAAAGUGCUCUUCAAAGCCUCUCUGAGCUGUAUGCUUUGGUGUUGAGCUCUUCUAAUAGGCCUUGUGUUUGGCUGUUCUAACUCAGCAGACUGCCAGUCCACUCUGGUGGAAACUUUUCCCCCUUUGCUUCCCUGAGAUUAUGCAGAACACAGCAGGCAGCUAUAACCAUUUGGAUGUCUUUUUUUUCCACUGAGAUCCAGUCUUGAGAGUAAACAACACCAGCAUCGCUUCAGUCUUCCAAAAGUGCAUUCAACUGUCUUUCUGCACCUGCUAAGCCAAUAGCAAAAUGUUUCCUUGAUGCUAUUAGGGUGGCCAAUGUACGGCUUCAUGAGCCAGGGGAGCCCAGGGGUAGGCUGUCUCCCAGGAUUGCUAUUAGUAUCUCAACAUCACCAGUGGUAAUCUGCCAGUUGGGAAAGAAAGUCCCUGCUUGUAGCUUUCUGAACAGUCCUGUAUUUUUAAAGAUGCAAGCAUUAUGCACAUUCCUUGAUCAGCCAAAGUUGAUGUCAGUGAGGAGACCCUAGUGAUCCACCAAAAGCUUGCAUAACUAUAGAAAAGUAGCCCUUUCUGUUGAUGUACUCUGUGGCAAGAUGGGCUUGUGCCAAAAUAGGAUAUGUAUGCUAUCUUUGCUUCACCACAGUUCAGGAAUGCCAUUAUUGAAAAUCCAGCAUGUCCUGCAUGUUCCUGAGUCACAGUACUGCAUAGCAAGAGAUGUUUAGUGGCCUUGCACUUGCAUGACAGUGGCCCCCAUAGUGGAUUUUCCAACUCCAAAAUGAUUUUUCACUUACCAGUAGCAAUCUGACAUUGCGGAUUUCCACCGUGCAAUCACUACUCUCUUCUCCACCAUCAGUGGAGCCCUCAUUUUGGUGUCCCUGUACUGGAGGGCUGAGGCACACAGAUUCAGGAAUGUGGUCUUACGCAUCUGAAAGUUCUGCAGCCACUGCUUGUCAUCCCAUGCCUGCAUUAUGAUGUGAUCCCACCAGUCAGUGCUUGUUUCUUGGUUCCAGAAGUGGUGCUCUACCAUCUGCAGUUUGAACACCAGCAACAACCUUGUAUUUGUUCUUGCUAUGUCCCAGAGCAGUCUGUGCUCCAAGAUACUGUUGUGUUCCCUGCUUAUUUGGUUCAUGUUACGGGUCUGCAAACAUCGGAAGAUCUUGCGUCCUGGCUUGCAACACUUAUGACAGUAGUGCAGAGCUAUGCAAGGGCCAUGCUUCUGUCAGAAAUGGACAGUGAGGAGGGCUGCAUAGGUUCAUGGGAAAAAGGUAUGAAAAUUAUGGGAUCUAGAUAACCUUAUGGCAUAGAUGGGAUAAAAACAAUUGCAAACUGGCCCCUUACCACCAGUCACUGCGCUUGACGUGUUUCUGCCCCACCAUACAUUGCCAAAACAUCCCAAAAGACGGUGAACUGGACAGUAGGGGAUUGCACUGAGAUACCUACCUAAGCACUUGUGAGUAUGUGUAAUACUUACACAAGGAGCCAAGUAUGCAUACACAUGAAUGAUGUACUAACGCUCGUGGCUUUAUGUUGAUGUAACUUGUGUCAACCAAAGUUUGCAGUGUAGACAUGGUCUCUGUUGUUUAGCUGCAAGCUGUUUUCCCUAAGGAUUCUUUGCUGCAGUAGUGGUGGUUUCAACUUCUAGAUGAGAUGUUGAAAACAUUUUAACUUUUGUAAAUCUUUUGUUUAACCUUCUAUGUGAGAUUUUCAAUGAAGUGUAAGGGAGUUCAGUACCCAGCUUUCUUAUGCUCUUUUGAAUAUCUCACCCUACCUGCUUAUUUUAGCCUAGGAUUAUCACACAAUCCUUGUAACGUAUUUAUGGGCUUUCUAGGUAAAGAAUAUGGUCAAAACAUUGGGGUUAAGUGUAUAACUAACUAUUCCCUGCAUAAGUUUCCCAUACAAUCAUAUGAACUGGUAUUUUCUCUUUAGCUAGGUGCUUAUAUGGCUCCAUCAUUGUACUGUCUGAGCACCUCCUGUGUAUUUAAAAGUUAGAAAUCUAACAAUCUUCCUAACCUGUAGGAGAAAAAGCUGGUUUAAUUUUUAGGGCAUUUUCUGUUGUUUGGUAAUGUUAUAUAUGUGUGUGUGAAGAAAUUAAGGGGAAGUAAAGGCAAAGAAGAAAUUUGUAUUCAACUGUGAAAGGUAUGAAGUCAACAGUCAUCUUUUUCUGUUGCAGGAGAAAAUUCCAUAGCGCAUGAAACUUUUCUGUCUCCCACAGUCAAACUUCCCCCUGUUGGUUGACAGUUAAAUCAUUUGAGCUGACAAGAGGAUCAUAU